CGAAUUGUUCACUCAACAUUAAUCAACAUUACUGAAUCAGGCCUACUAUUUAAUUAUUGCUCAAAUAAUAGCUGUGAGACGAAAUGAAGGUCAUGCAGAAGUUAUUAAAAGACGACAAAGACACCUUUUUAGUUCAUACGACAGCCCUAAUGAACGAAAGGAAUCCUAUUGUGGACCGCAUCAUGGACGGCGACUCUGUGGACACAGUCAUCAUGGCUAACAAGGAAGGAUCUCCAAUCCUGACGAACAUCAACCUGUCGGUCUCCACGCGGUACGCCACGCGCAUGCUGCGUCUAGGCACUAUGAUCCACCACUUGAUCAUGGAGCUGGACCCGUUCGACGAACCACUAGUGUUCCGUCUAAAGAGCACCAAGGAAGAGGUGAUGGUGGCCCCGCACCGCGAGUUCAGCAUCAUCGUCGUUCAGAGGGAGAAGGCUAAGAAACCCGCACAGAGGGCGAAAUAAGUGAUCUGAGGGGGCAGUCAGCUGGAGAAUUGCGUCGUAUGGGAGCAAAGUCAGCAAUAUCCAUCUGUGGAUAGAUUUAGGCCCCAAGACGAUGCGAUAACUCGCAUGCGAGUUUCAUUACAUUGCGGUUUUUGAUCAGUCGGUCGAAUUGGACGUAUAACCAACAGUCCGCAAUGUAACUAAAAUCGCAUGCGAGUUCGCGCGCCGUCUAAAUCAGCCCCGCUGUGCACUUUUUGAGGUGGGGAAAAAAUGAUAAACUCGAGACAGCGUAAGGCGUAAGGCGUAAGGUGUAACCCUCUCUUUCUCUAUGCCUGAGCCUGCUGUUUCGUUUAGGCGGCGCAGGGCGCUUGCGUGACGUCACGUGUGACGGACAAUGUCAUUGUGUUUUUCUUUAUUUGAUUUAAAUGCCUAGUGAGUUUCCCUCAAACUGGUAUUAAUAGAACUCACAGUGAUGUGCUUAGGGGUUUCAAGUAAUGCGACAAGAUAACGCUAGAUGGCGUUAACCUCAAUUAUACAUAGUGCUGCAGACAUUUUGCACUAGAUGGCGCUGUUAUUAAUAUUUUGAGCUACAAUGUCGUUGAGUUUUCACUUCUGCCGGCACUCCCGGAGUGCAACCCGUUGUUUUUUUUUUUGCCGCCUUUUCCUACUGAUGGAAAUGGCUUGCCAAGUAUAGAUAGAAUACUUUUUAAUGCAUACCUCAGUAGAAGAUACAGGUUUAGGAAAACAAUUGGAUGGACUUGGCUUCUCUAUUCUCUAUCAGCAUUUCCCCAACCCCGUUCCUAAUACUGAUGUGAUGUGAUGUGAAGUGAAGUUUCCAAAAUUGAGAAAUUUCCACAUGAAAAAACUUCGAUAAGUUCUGUUAUUUAUGUAUGAGGAUGGAAAAUUUUCGAUUUCUAUAAUGAGUGGUGAAUGUUAUAAAAACAUUAACGCACCAGGGUGUUGUCGGUUACGAAUGCU